AUGUUGGUAGUACUUGUUCGUGGAUCAGCUCCUGCUUCGAAAAUCCAAAUUACUCAAAAGAACAAUGAGAAGGCUUCGAAAAAUCAAAGUGAAGCUCAAUUUUUGAAAGAGAAGGCUGCAGCUAGUGCAAUGGAGAAAGUUAUCUGUGAAACUAUAGUCAGUCAAAUCCAGACGCUCCAAGCUCUAGAUGUUGUCAUAAGAGUAUGUGGUAUCGAUACUCUAUACUCUGAGCUCUGUGGUAUUCGAGUGGAUUGGGUGAUCACAAUUGGUGACAACCUACUGUACAUCAAAGCAUGCCGAUUAAUCUACAAUAGAGUUCCCAUAGUUGGAAUCAAUCUCGACCCUUAUGCCACAAAAGGCUCUCUCUGUCUUUUCGGAAGUUACCUACCACGAAUUGUUUCGAACUUCCGUGAUAUAAUGGAGUCCUAUGUUGCACGUCAAAGAAUUCAGGUGGAAAUCAUAUAUCCCGAAUUCAAGGCACGUAAAGAGAAGAGGGCGGACGUCAACAACGAAGUUUACAAUGUGCUCAACGAGAUAUAUAUUGGAAACGUCAAAAAAGAAGAAGCCUCGGAGAUGGAGCUCCUUCAAGCCGGAGGAUUCCAAGCCAAAAAAAUCAAAUUCCAAGAAAUAAUGAUGUUGACUGGAACUGGUUAUCAUUUUCGAAAAGACAGCUUCAAUAAAAUGGAGAUGUCGAAAGCUAAAGUAUUGGACAUGUACAGAGAACUGGACGAGGAUACGGCCAAUCGUUUGAUGGAGUUCAAAAUACAAGGCUAUGAACUGAAUGAAAAUAGUAAGAAGUUCGUCGCCAUCACUAAGAAGUACAACAAGAAAGUCGGCUUGGAUACUUCAAUAAUGGAAAGAACAAAAAUGGGCCUUGUGACGAGAGAAGACAACCUUCUUGUUGUAUUAGAUGGAGUGAAAAAUAUGAAACUUCCAAAAGGAACAUUGCUGAUCUUUACCAUGGAACGGGAAACUUCCUUGAACACUUAUAGGAAUGAUUAA